AUGCGGUACUGCACACCCUGCCGUAAUGAGCUCCUGCGGGGUCCCUCCUGCUCGAGCCUCCCGGCGCUGCAGCAGAGGGUCUCGCCGAGAGCUUUCCAGAGCAGCCCCUCACGUGUCAAAUGCAAAGCUAGUGCGUGCCAGCGCUUCGUCCUUCCUAACACCAGCUGCAUGGGAGAACAGCCCAUCUUCACCACCAGAGCCCAUGUCUUCCAAAUUGACCCCAGCACGAAGAAGAACUGGGUUCCCGCAAGCAAGCAGGCUGUAACUGUUUCCUACUUCUAUGACAGCACGAGAAACAGCUAUCGGAUUAUCAGUGUGGAUGGAGCCAAGGUGAUCAUAAACAGCACAAUCACACCUAACAUGACCUUCACUAAAACAUCGCAGAAGUUUGGCCAGUGGGCGGACAGCAGAGCAAAUACUGUGUUUGGCUUGGGCUUUCCCUCCGAGCAGCAGCUGACGAAGUUUGCAGAGAAAUUCCAAGAAGUAAAAGAAGCUGCCAAACUAGCAAGAGACAGAUCUCAAGAGAAAAUUGAGACUUCAAGCAAUCAUUCCCAGGAAUCUGGACGUGAAACACCAUCUUCCACUCGAGCAUCUAGUGUGAACGGGACAGACGACGAGAAAGCAUCCCAUGGUGGCCCUGCUGAGGCACAUCUCAAGUCUGAGAAUGAUAAAUUAAAAAUUGCUCUAGCCCAAAGUUCAUCCAACGUGAAGAAGUGGGAGACGGAGCUGCAGACGCUGCGGGAGAGCAACGCCAGGCUGACCACGGCGCUGCAGGAGUCCGCGGCCAGCAUCGAGCACUGGAAGAAGCAGUUCUCAGCCUGCAAGGAGGAAAACGACCAGCUCAGGAGCAAGAUCGAUGAACUGGAGGAACAGUGCAAUGAAAUAAAUAAAGAGAAGGAAAGAAAUGCGCAGCUGAGUAGACGUCUCCAGGAACUGGAAACAGAACUUCAGGAUAAAGAGCUGGAACUGGAAGAGCUCCGAAAGCAGGGUGAAAUUAUACCACAGCUAAUGUCAGAAUGUGAAUCUGUAUCUCAACAAUUACAGGCUGCUGAGAAAAAGAACAAAGAUCUUGAAGAGAAAGUCAGAACGCUAAGGACAGAAGUUGAAGAGAGCAAACAUAGGCAGACCAACCUUAAAACUGAAUUAAAGAAUUUUUUAGAUGUACUGGACGGGAAGAUAGAUGAAUUACAUGAUUUCCGACAAGGACUGUCUAAACUUGGGGUUGACAACUAGAUGGCAAUAGUUUUUUUGUAAUCUAGGGUCUGGAUGUUGGAUGUUUUGUUGAUCCCAAACGUGUGUUUUACAAAAUAUAACUAGAAUGUUCCA